GUAUUUAAAGUACGGCCUGGCAGUACGAUGAGAUUCAAAGUACGGACAAGGAAGUAAAUUAUUAACAUACAUUCAGUCAGUUUAAGGGAGCCAUGUUGAAGUUUCAGAUCCAUGUUAUCAUAUGACAGUUUACCCACGAAAUGGACCCACGAACCAGUGCUCAAGACUUACUCGUCUGUGACCUGUGUCAAACAGCAGCAUUACAGAGUCAUUGUGAACUUUGUCAGAUUAACCUGUGUAAGGCCUGUGUAGGGGAACAUCUCUCUGAUUCAUCCGUAAGACACAUUGUUGUACCGUACAAACACCGGAAGACUACUCCUUCUGUUAACUACCCAAAAUGUCCAAACCACACCCAGAGACAUUGUGAAGUUUACUGUGAGAAAUGUGACAUUCCUGCCUGUUCUAUCUGCAUCUCUAGUAAACACGAUGGGCAUUAUAUAUCAGAUGUUCUGAAGAAACUCAACUCCAAAACAGAAAGUUUAAAAAGAGAUUUUAAAGAGCUUGAGCAAAGAAUAUAUCCUACUUAUAAAGAAAUUGAGUCAGAUUUACAGUCUGAAAAAUUUAACUUGGAAGCGCGAUAUGAGACAUUGACUACAGCAGUUACCGAACACGGAGAAUUCUUGCAUCGUGAAAUAAACAGUAUCGUCAACAAACAGAAAUCUGAAAUUAAUCAGAUGAAAACCAAACAUUUGACUGUUUUGAAUAAACAGGGAAAUGAAAUGAAAAAGAUUACUUCUGAAGUAGAAGAUACAAUGCUUGGUUUGAAGAAAAUACUUGACUCCAAUGAUGUCUUAGCCUCUGCGUAUAUCUCAAGAAAUGCUGAAUUCAUCAAUUUACCUCCUAAAGUCAAAUUUUCUUUGCCAAUUUUCUCCCCUCAUCACGGAAACAAGGAACAGCUAAAUCAAAUGUUUGGUUCUCUGUCAGCAUUGUCCAUUACAACAGAUGAACAUGGCUAUACAAUGAAGACACCAGAAGCUGCAUCUUGUCCUCCAAUUCAACCGCUGAUUGAUGAACCAGAGCUCAUUAUCACCAUUGACACUGGGUAUGAUCCACUUUACAGUGUUUCCCGCCUCAGUGAUGAAGAAAUCUGGACAUGUGGAGAAGACAAAAUCAUGAAACUCUACAACCUCCAGGGCCAACUACUGAAGACAAUCCAAACCAAAUCAGGGAACAUACCAUGUGACAUAGCAGUGACAAGGAGUGGAGAUCUAGUUUAUACUGACCAUGAUACAAGAACUGUAAACAUAGUGAAGAAUGACCAGAUACAGGAAGUGAUCAGACUACAGGAGUGGAAACCUUACUACAUUUGUAGUUCUUCCUUUGGUGACCUCUUAGUCACCAUGCUCAAUGACGAUGACACACAAUCAAAAGUUGUCCGUUUCUCUGGAUCUACAGAGAAACAAACCAUUCAGUUUGAUAGUGAAGGUGUCCCCUUGUAUUCCCCUGAUUUCUUUAAAUACAUCACUGAAAACAGGAACCUGAAUAUCUGUGUAGCUGACUGUAAAGCUAGUGCAGUAAUAGUAGUCAAUCAGGAAGGUGUACUGAAAUUUAAAUACACGGGUCAUCCCUCUAUUUCAAAGAAAUCCUUUGAUCCCCUUGGCAUCACAACAGACAGUCGGAGUCAGAUCCUGACUGCAGAUCAUUAUAAUGGCUGUCUCCACAUCCUUAACCAGGACGGACAGUUUCUACGUUUUAUUCGUAGCUGUGAUGUAGGUGAUUUAUGUGGUCUGUGCAUUGACACCACAGAUAACCUCUUUGUCACUGAAAGUGACAGUGGUAAAGUAAAGAAAAUCAAAUAUAUGUAAACAGGAUUUUAUCGAACUGACGUUUAUUUGAGAGAAAUUCGAUACCAA